UGUUCCUUUUCUCUUUCAGAUACGUUCAGAGGGUAGCCUUGUGGAUGGCCCCGGAGCAGGCCAGAUGGAACAGGACAGAACCAACCAUGUUGACGGCAAUAGAUUGAGUCCAUUUCUAAUACCACAGUCUUCUCACGUUUGCCAGGCAGAGCCUUCUGCAGUGAAGCUACAGAAUGGGAGUCCAGCAACAGAGAGGCCUGAAGUGGAAGUAAACGGAGAGCACAAGCCGCUAUUCAAUAAAAGCAACUUUGGAGUGCCCCACCCGAAGGGAAGUCCAAACAAUUGUGUUAGCCCUGACCUUUUACAAGAAAAGAAAGUAUAUUCCAAAUAUAUGCAAAAUGGUGGGAUCAAACGCACUUUUAGCGAGCCCUCUCUGUAUGGACUUCAUGAGAGCAAGAAAGUGAAACAAGACAAAGAGGUAAACGGAGAAAAAGCUGAGCCAGAAGACAAUUGUGAAAAACCAAGUGUCUCCAAUUGUUACAGUGAGAAGAAAUCUGAGAGUUUUACAAGACAAGAAAACAAAGCUUCAGAUUUAAUACCGUCUACAAGAUACAACAGCGUUGGUUCAGAAAACCCUCAUGACCUUCCGAUUCAGAAUGAGCAGGAGCGGGAAAAUAUUCAUUGCCAUAACAGGGACAUUGUCUUACUACUUAAGAACAAGGCAGUGCCAAUGCCUAAUGGUGCUACAGUUUCUGCCUCUUCCAUGGAAAGCAUGCAUGGUGAACUCCUGGAGAAAACACUGUCUCAGUAUUAUCCAGAACAUGUUUCCAUAGCAAUGCAGAAGAACACAUCUCAUAUAGAUGCCAUUACCAGUCAGGCUACUAACGAGUUGUCCUACGAGACAACACAUUCAUCCCAUACCUCAGGGCAGAUCACUUCCCCACAGACCUCAAACUCUGAGCUGCCUCAAGUGCCAGCUGUAGUGGUUACUGAGGUCUACAACACAACAGACUCCAGUAAACCACCUGUAUUGCCAGGUAGCUGUUCACUUCAGAAACCAGAUCUACAGCUACAACAACAGAUUCCAGGCUAUGAUCCUCACCAGUUACCUGUAGGAAACAGUAAUAUUCAUGGAAGCAUAGGGCAGGUUCCCAACCAAGACCUCUCUCUAAGUUCCAGCAGUAACCUGCAAGCUCAGAGCACUGCUCUGGAAAGGUACUCUGAGCAAGCAGAAAAUAAUGGUGCUUUCUUUACACAGAACUCAAUGUUUCACAAAGAUUCCUCCACCACUCCUGCUCCAGAAAUGAACAGUGCACUGUCUGCCGCGGUGCAAGAAGGACAUCAUUCCUAUGACAGCAGAUGUGAUGAAACUCUUCCUGGGGAGAUAAAAAAUGAAGGGCAACAGGAGGGACCAAUGUCAGAAAGUCCCAGCCUCAGCCAACAACAACUUCACCCUCAGCAGAGCCUUCUGCAACAGGCACAAAUGUCACAACAAGAUGUCAGUGAAAGCAACCCGCAAGCUGCUGUGGCCGCCUCGAUUUUGCAGCGCCCCAAAGAAGUGACGCUGGCGUCAGAAUCUCCCCUCCAAAACCUGCACGCACACAAAAGUGAGGGUGAGUUGCAACAACACUAUCAGCAUUUCCCAGGACAGAGAGAACCUGAGACUCCUCCUGACAAAGAGAAGGACCAAGUGAAAGAGCCUGUACAACAAGCUCAACAUUAUUCAAAACCAGGCUGGAUAGAACUGGUUUCCACCCAGUUCCGCCAGGGAGAACCUCCCCAGAAGCCCAGUGAAGCAUUAUUGCGGUCAAUUCUUCAGUACCAGGCAAGCACAGCCCAAGCAGUCUAUACAAAACAGUAUGCUGGAAGUCCUGAUUCAUUAAAGGGGCCUUCAGGACAGGCCCAGAGCCAGAAGAUAAUGCAACAGGAACAAUUUCCUUCACUGUACAAAAGUGAGAGCUCCCAGCUGCAGCCGCAUCCCCCAGCUGACCAGCAGCUGCCGUUCCAGAAACACUCACCGCAGCCACAGCUCACAAAGGUAGAUUCCCUUCUCAAGUCCCAAGUGCAGCAACACCCUCCACAGCAGCUCCAUUUCCAGCCAAGAUCAGAACAACAAGCUGAACAGCCUUUAGGGGCCCCCUUGAAACAGCAGCACUUGAAUCCCCAGCCAGGGGAAAACGGGCAAUUCUUGCAUUCACACAUCUUGCAACAGAUGCUGCAAAAACAGGCACAUCCAGUGCAGCUGCCAUGCAGUCCACAGCUAACCCCAAACCAGCAGCAGGCUCCGCAAAUGAAAACUAAAGACCUGCCCCAAGCCGUAUCCCACCCCCAAAGCAAUUCUGAGCAGCCUCUAGACAGGACCUCCUUCAAUCAACUUAAGGUAGAUGAAUGUUUCCAAACUGGGAGUAAGUAUGCUAAAUCAGCUGCAUUCCCACUGCCUAACACUCAGCUGGGCCUAGAGCAGGUACAGUCUAUGAACAACAAAGCUCCCCUUUACACUCAGAAGGCAAAUGCCAGUCUCCAGCACCCUUGCCCAAACAACAGGCAUCUGAUUUCUGAGAAGAAAGGGAAUGUCACAAAUAUGGAACGCUUUGGAGCCAACAAAAUGCAGGAAUUGCAGCAUGUGCAGUAUUUUUCAAAUAACUUGACCGCAAAGCAAGAUGUGAAUCAUUGUUUUCAAGAACAAGAGCAACAGACACAACAAGCCUCAAUUCUGCAGUUGCCACCCCUCCAGCCCUCACAGGGCUAUGGUGCUAGUCUGAACAAAGACCUCCCGAGCAAACAAGCUCCACAGAUCCCUCAGCAGUACUUACCACACAGCCAAACUGCCCCACAUGCCCAGGACCAGAGAGGCUGUCAUUUGCAGUCUCAGAACCCUAAGGAUUUUCAAAAGCAUGCUGCUCUGCGGUGGCAUCUUUUGCAAAAACAGGAGCAACAAGCAUACCAGCAACCCAAAACUGAGAUUGGUCCCAGUGCAGCACGCAAGCCUAUAAAAAUUGAGGCUGGUACAAAGUCUAAUGUCUGCAUGCGCCCAUCAGCUGGACAGCUGGAAAACAAAAUGUGGAAAAAAACAAUUAAACAGGAGAAUCAGCACUUUGUCUGCGAGAACAUGCAACAAAAGAGCAUCAUUGAGACAAUGGAGCAGCAGCUAAAACAGAUACAGGUCAAAUCACUGUUUGAUCAUAAGACAUUUACUCUCAAAUCACCCAAACAUGUGAAGGUCGAAACAGCAGGCCCUAUUACCAUCCUAUCACGAAAUACCAGUGCUGCAGAUUUUGACACUCAAACCCCAAUCUUAGAUCAGCAAGCAAACUUGUCUGCUGAGAAAACCCCGACCAAAAGAACAGCUGGAACUGUUCUCAAUAAUUUUUUAGACUCACCUUCCAAGUUAUUGGAUACUCCUGUAAAAAAUUUAUUGGACACACCUGCCAAAACCCAGUAUGAUUUCCCAUCUUGCAGCUGUGUUGAGCAAAUUAUUGAAAAAGAUGAAGGUCCCUUCUAUACCCAUCUAGGAGCCGGUCCUAAUGUGGCAGCUAUUAGAGAAAUCAUGGAAGAAAGAUUUGGACAGAAGGGUAAAGCUAUAAGAAUUGAGAGGGUUGUCUACACUGGGAAAGAAGGCAAAAGUUCUCAAGGAUGUCCAAUUGCUAAAUGGGUAGUCCGCAGAAGCAGUCAGGAGGAGAAGCUGCUCUGCUUGGUGCGCGAGCGAGCAGGACACACAUGUGAGACGGCCGUCAUCGUGAUCCUCAUCCUGGUCUGGGAGGGAAUCCCAACCAGCCUGGCUGAUAAGCUCUACUCUGAACUCACCGACACUCUGAGGAAAUACGGCACGCUCACGAACCGGCGCUGCGCCCUGAAUGAAGAACGAACUUGUGCAUGCCAAGGGCUGGACCCUGAAACUUGUGGUGCUUCAUUUUCCUUUGGUUGCUCCUGGAGCAUGUACUACAAUGGUUGUAAGUUUGCCAGAAGCAAGAUUCCAAGAAAGUUUAAGCUGAUGGGGGAUGACCCAAAAGAGGAGGAAAAACUAGAAUCUAAUUUGCAGAAUCUGUCAACCCUGAUGGCACCUACCUACAAGAAGCUUGCACCUGAUGCAUAUAACAACCAGAUCGAGUAUGAACACAGAGCCCCCGAGUGUCGCCUGGGUUUGAAGGAAGGUCGCCCAUUCUCAGGGGUCACUGCCUGCCUCGACUUCUGUGCUCAUGCUCACAGAGACUUGCACAAUAUGCAAAACGGGAGUACUCUGGUUUGCACACUGACUAGAGAAGACAAUCGUGAAAUUGGCCAAACACCAGAAGAUGAGCAGCUCCAUGUGCUCCCAUUAUACAAAGUCUCUGAUGUGGAUGAGUUUGGAAGCACUGAGGGCCAGGAGGAGAAGAAGAAGAAUGGCAGCAUCCAGGUCCUUACUUCCUUUCGACGAAAAGUAAGGAUGCUAGCAGAGCCCGUUAAGACCUGUCGGCAAAGGAAGCUAGAAGCAAAGAAAGCAGCUGCAGAAAAGCUCUCCUCCUUGGAGAAUGGGUCUAGCAAAGCUGAGAGAGAGAAGUCUGCUGCAGCACGCAACAAGCAAGGCACCUCUGAAGCAGCAGGUCAUGCAAAGCAGCUGGCAGAUCUUUUACGUCUUUCAGGACCAGCCACACAACAACAGCAGCAGCAGCAGCAGCAGCAACAACAACAUCCACAGCACUCUCUCCCUAACAACCCUCAGUCAAAUCCCAUUAACUCUUACUCGGGUUCAGGUUCUGCAAAUCUCUAUGGAAGGUUGCCUAAUCCAGCCAGUGCUUAUCCAAACUCUUUGUACACUUCAGAUCCAUAUGGAGGGUCCAAUCCCAUGAACCUCUAUACAACCUCAUCACAGUCUGCGGGGUCUUAUUUGAAUUCUUCCAGUCCAAUGAACCCUUAUUCAGGAUCUUUAAGUCAAAAUAACCAAUAUCCCCCCUACCAAUGCAAUGGAAACAUAGCUAUGGACAACUGCCCCUCUUACUUGGGCUCCUACUCUUCCCAGCAUCAGCACAUGGACUUGUAUAGUUGCCAGAGCCAAGACCAUAUGUCUAAACUAAGUCUACCACCCAUUCAAACAUUAUACCAGCAUAGGUUUGGGAAUAACCAGAGUUUUGGUCCCAAGUACUUGAAUUAUGGAAACCAAAAUAUGCAGGUAGACUCCUUCAGUAAUUGCACCAUUAGACCAAAUUUACACCACGUAGGGUCAUUUUCCUCUUACUCAACCCAUGAGGCCAAUGGCCAUUUUAUGGAGGUUGCCUCAAGGUUAAAAUCUAAUCUGAGUAAUCCAAACAUGGACUAUGCCUCCAUGAGUAAAACAGGUGAACAUCAUCACAUUCAACCCCCUCCACAUUUAUCACAUGACUACCAUUCUGCUCCAAGUAUGUUUAGUGGUCCUCCUAAUUCACUGCAUCUCCAAAGUAAGGAUAAUGAGAUUAUUUCACAUGCAGUUAAUGGCUUGUCUAACAUGCUUCCAGGUCAAAAUCAUGACAGGACAACUCCCCAGGGUGGUUUAGAUAAAACUGACGUGCUGAAUCCAGAAAAAGCAGAGGAUCCUGAUGAAGUCUGGUCAGAUAGUGAGCAGAACUUUCUGGAUCCAGAAAUUGGAGGAGUGGCAGUUGCUCCAUCUCAUGGGUCAAUUCUCAUAGAGUGUGCAAAACGCGAGCUCCACGCAACGACUCCCUUAAAAAAUCCCAACAGGAACCAUCCCACCAGAAUAUCCCUUGUAUUUUACCAGCACAAGAGCAUGAAUGAGCCAAAACACGGUCUGGCUCUGUGGGAGGCAAAGAUGGCUGAGAAGGCAAGAGAGAAAGAAGAGGAAUGUGAGAAGUAUGGCCCAGACUACGUGCCUCAGAAAUCCUAUGGCAAAAAAGCCAAGCGGGAGCCUGCGGAGUCCCACGAGCCCUCUGAGCCAACGUACCUGCGCUUCAUCAAGUCCCUGGCACAAAGGACACUGUCGGUCACCACGGACUCCACCGUAACUACAUCUCCAUAUGCCUUUACACGGGUUACAGGGCCUUACAACCGAUAUAUCUGACUUCACACCUUGGUUGGUUACCUCAUUUGAAAAAACAUCUUGUCACUAGGGUAGUAGUGCUUUAGGUUUCGUGGACAGAACUCAUCGGUUGAAAAAGCCUCGGCACACCAGCAAAAAGAGGUAAAUCUCACUAGAGCACGUGUUUUCCACUGAUUUUUAAGUGGUCACAGAUGGCAUGUAGGAAACAAGACCAAAGCAUCCUAUGCAAAAACAAACAAACAACAAUAAAAUAGAAGAAGAAAAUAAAAGGAAAGAAAAAAGGACAGAACACAACCAAAACAAUUUCACAAGUUACAUUGGAAAACACUGGCUCUAUUACUGAAAGAGAUAACCUGCAAAUGGAUUUUUUUUUUUCCUUACAGUUUUGCACAUCUGUGGCCACUUUUCAUGUCAUCAAGUUUGCAUAGUCAUGGAACAGGAGCAAAAAAAAAAACCCUAAAAAAUAAUACUGUAGUAUUACAACUGCAGGAAUCUUAAAAUAACAUCUGGUGCUGAAUCUAUGAUGUACUGAAAUACUGGAAUUAUGGCUUUUUAACAUGCAGUUUUUACUGUAAUCUUAAUAGCCUUUUGAUUUUAUUUAACAAAGUAGAUAAGUAUAAGACAAAUAGACAGCAAAACACUGAAUUAGUUUGAAUAUUCUAAAACCAUGGUGCUAUUUAAGAGAAUGGUGUCUUUAUUUUAUCAGUCAAACAGUUAAUGCCUUUAUAACAAAAUGUCAAUGAUACAGUCAAAUGUUCUUCAGCAACUGGGAGGACCUUUUCAUUCAUGUAUGUAUUGAAGUUACCUGGUGUUAAAAUAAGCUUACUUUUUAACAUAUGGGAAUUACAAAGACCUCUGGAUUUUGCUCAUCCAGUCAAGUCCUAAAAAAGGACAAUAAAAGAGAGAGAUAUUUUUUUUUAAAUAGUGUUUCGAAAGCACUUUGUCUACCUAAGCUUGGCAACUUGAACAAUGCUAAGGUACUAAGACAUUAAAAAAAAAAAAAAAAA